UAAUUAGUCGUUCAAAAGUUGUUUCAAAUGUCAGUCGUUGUGACAAAUAAGUGAAAAGAAAAAUUACAGUAAAAGAGUUUAGUGUCCAAAAUGGUUGCCCGAAGUUUUCACAGGAGUACUCAAAGUCUGGGUCACUAUUCAUCGAGUUUGAGCCGAUAUGCGCCCAAAAGUACAGAAUUCAAAGUGAUCAAGUACACUUUAGUCGUGUUCAUGAUAUUGAAUAUAUUCAGCUCUAUUUGGGUCUGUAUUUACAUCGGAUGGCAGACCGACUUUGAGAUGGGAGGCACGGCUAAUGAGCCGUCGGCCAAAUCUGCGGUCAACUCCUGGUACAUCUGUUCCAUGUUUUUCGUCAUAUUUGCCGAUUUGGUGGACAUUAUACUGUUGUUUGGCGUUUGGGCCGACAAAAAGCCCUGGGUUAUAGCACUCUGUGUCUUGUCAUUCAUUUUCUCGAUUUACGGCAUUUCCAGUGUCUAUUUGCGAGGAAGCAUAACGUGUUUUGUCAUACCUUUCUGUAUAUUCACGCUAUCGGUGCUCAUGAUAUGGCUCAUUAGGCACGAGGAGGCCCAGUAUGACGUGCAACGAGGACCAGGACUCAGGACUGCCGUCAAAAGGUUUUAAGUCAAAGUUAAGGCAACGGUUACUUCAAUUACAUCAGCAAGUUUAUUUAAGUGGAAAAUGUUUUCGUGCCAAAUGUCAUUAUCGAUU